CUGACAAGGACUGAAGGGAAGAAAAAAAUCAACACGAUCUACACUGAUCUAAAGUCUGUGUGGUACUUUCCUUGGAAAAAGAAAACUGAUCCCAGGUCUGUAAGCAGAUGAAGGUUGUAUGUUUGCCAAAAGAGAUGAGAACAAUUUCCGUUUCUCUUUUGGAGCCUCCAGCCAGCUGCUGCUCUGCCACAUACAAACACAAGAUAUAAACAAAAGGACAGUUUAGCAGCCCCCACUUCCUCAUCGAGAGUUGAAGCAGAGCAAACGAACGCUGUUUCCUGUGACGCCCCUGUGUCUCUGGUCAAUUUGUAUACUCACAUCACUCUUCCACUGUUGAGUUACGCUGCAUGGAAAGACACGGGCCAGCUUCAUCGUAUCCUAGGGGACGCUCUACUGUCAUCAGAGGCUUUGCACCAAAAACUGGAUCUGCUGGGACACAAAAACACACAUCAAACCUGCGCAGUUGUUAAUAGUAUUCAGAGGAAAGCUGUGAUGCUGUUGUAAUACAGUUAAAAGUUGUAUGUGUGUUUGGGAUAUUCAACCAUGCUGCAGCAGUCAGAGCUCGUCUUUGACUUCGCCAGUGACCAUAUUAACCUGACAGGGUUUGGAGGUCCCUUAGAUUCAGAUUACCCUGCGGUGAUUGUGGAGCAGAUUCCCCAUGCGCACCUGCUGUCAUAUUCAGGUCUAGCGUGUGAACAGUCACAUAUAGAGGAUGUUCACCAGCAGCCGUUCAAAGUGGAGCCGUGUGAAAGUGGAGACGAAGAGACCAUGGAAACACUGGUUGCUGCUGACUCGCUCCUCAACAUGGACUGCCCUGACACCCUCUCGCUGGAGCAACACUACUCCGAGACCUUCUUGCCACUGGAUGAUGGCAUCAGUACUGCUGUUACUCAGGUGACUGUGUCAGGGGGGAUCGUGGGAGGUGUUGACCAGCCACAGUGGCACUCGUUGCACACAAAGAGGCCUGCGGCACAGCUGCAGUCCAAAAAGAGAGGUAAAAAAUCUCGACAUCGAAGAGCAGAGUCUCCCACACCUGACAUCAUAGUGAAGAAGGACAAAUAUAACAAAGGAGGAAACACGCUGUACCUGUGGCAGUUCCUGAUGGAGUUGCUGCAGGACAGACAAGUCUGCCCCCGCUACAUCAAAUGGACUAAUGCCCAGGCAGGGAUCUUCAAAUUGGUCAACUCAAAAGCAGUUGCCAGACUGUGGGGCAAACACAAGAACAAGCCAGACAUGAACUAUGAGACCAUGGGAAGAGCACUCAGGUACUACUACCAGAGAGGCAUACUGAAUAAGGUUGAAGGCCAGCGGCUAGUCUACCAGUUCACCUCACUCCCCAAAGACAUGAUUUACAUCACAGAUGGAGAUGGCGCCAAAGAGGAAGACCACGACAACAACAGCUGCAACGACGAAGAUGUGAGCGACGACUCUGACGACAGCACGAUAUCUUCUAGUGACCAAUCGGAGGAGGAAGAACAAUCCAUCCCGCCAGAGAAGAAAAUAUCAUUCAACUCAGUGCGAGCCCCGGCUCCCCAACGGACCAGGCCGGCUCCCAAACUCUUGGGCCAACGGGACACCGUCCUGCGGUCUUCAAGCACCAGUCUGAUCCAGGAGCAGCAUUUGCCCAUCGUGUCCGGUGAGAUGCUGCGGACCCUGCACAACCUCCCGAAGGUGCAGUCCCUGAAGCCCGCCGGUCACGCCUCAGUCUUCAAAACGGCUCAGCUGCUGGGGAGUCUGUGGGAGCAACAGGCCUCCGGUGACAGUAAGGGUGCAAUGGAGACACCUGAUGAAAAGUCACACCCAGGACAGAAAAUCUCACAUGUGGAACCCCUGCAGCUGGUGCGCCUAACCAGCUCUGACCAGUAGAACGGAUCCACCCACCCCCCAAAACACACACGUGCACAUACACUCCAUAGACUCAGGACUCAGCUUUAGAGCUGCACUUUGCUGUCAUGGCAACGUCUGCUCACCAGGGCCCAUAUUUCUUAAGUGUCUAAGAGUGGGAGUAUCGAGCUAAGAUUGUUUUUGUAUUUUAGAUUACAUCCUGAAUCAGUAACAUUAUCGGUAACUAGGUCAGUCCUUCCUCCCUGACGUCAGAGUUCUGAUUGGCGUGAACCAAAGUCUCACAGCCUCCAAGCAGUUUACCUUCUCAAGUAGAAGCAGACCGUAAAAACUCAAGUCCUUUAUCUCAGCCUUCUGCAAUUUCUAUGUAUCCGUUAAUUAUACAAGACACCAAAGACCAACAUGCACUGGAAUCUGCAGCCUCUCUGCACCUUCUGCAGACACACUCUCUGCUUGCACUUCAGCUCCGGUGUCGUGGAGCUAAUUAUCUGAACAGCACACUGUGGCCUCGGUCUCUGCCUUCAUUCUCCUUCUUUCCCACUCUUUUCUUUUUUCUUUUUCUUUUUUUUUUUGUAUUAUCGAAUGCUGAAUCAUUCCUCUGCCUUGAAAAUGACUUUGCACUAAUGUUUACCCCUGCUGUACGUUUCUUCUCUUAAGUGCCUGAAGAUCUCAGUCCAUCCUGUCCCUGCUUCCUCUGUUCCUGCUCAUAAUGAGGUUAUUGAGGGAAAACAUUCCAUAUUAUUAUUUUCUAAGAUCACUGAAUUAUAUUUGUAUUGUGAAUUAUUGAAAACAAGGGAUCACUGUUAUUUCUAGUAGUAAUGUAGCACUGCUGUUGUUGUCAUAGUUAAUAUAGUGGAACUUCCUUUGACAAUCACCAGUGAAAUGGUCAUAUAGCUGUUUAUUUAGCCGCAGUUCCUCCUGUAGAGUCACACUGCUACUAUUUAGCCAUUCUGCAAUGCACACAUUGUGUUUAGUUAUUACAUUUAUGCAAAUGCUUGUAUGGACCUCUAAAGCCUUGAUACCUUUAUGUUAUGUAUGUUAUAUACUGUAUGUAUGAGAACAUGCUUGACUUGUGCCUUGUUGCCAUUAUCUCCCUCAGGUUUGUAAAAUUUUGUUUUGCUGCACAGACUAUAUAUAUAUACUCUUACGCAAGGAGUACAAUGGCUGACCGUUUAUAAUGAAUUAAUGCUAAGUGCAUUUUUUUACUUUUUAGUUAGUCUUAGUUUAGCCUUACAAAGCAAGCCCAAAAAAUUCACUUCACUCCACAUGAGAACUGAGUUUGUAACAUUCAGUCUGGUAUCUGUAAGGCUAUACUUAGUUAGGAAAUCUUAUAACUGUGCCUUUGCCCCCCAUAGGGAAGCCUAUGCAAAACUUCACUUUAUACAACCUUCAUUUGAAAUCCCCUCACUUUGCUUAUCCUGAGGUCUCUUUAUACUGUAAGUUUUUACUGAUAUGGAUUUUGUUAGCUUUUAGCAGAGAGAGAGGUGGAAUUUCUGUUGCUUAUUCUGACGUGUUUGCUUUCAUGCAUUUCAAAUGUGUUGAAAAAGAUAAUGGUAUAUUAUAUGAAAUAAAUGUAAUCGUGUCAUCGUC